GAAGAAGAAGAAGAAGAAGAAGAAGAAGAAGGAGAAGGAGAAGGAGAAGGAGAAGGAGAAAGAGGGGUGCGUACCUGGUCGGACCGUCGGAGGCGACUCAGAUUGAAGAAAAAGAAGAAAAGGGAAGAAGAUGGGAGAGCGGAAGGUAUUGAACAAGUACUACCCUCCGGAUUUUGAUCCGUCAAAGCUACCAAGAAUAAGAAGACCAAAGAACCAACAAAUCAAGGUGCGAAUGAUGCUUCCCAUGAGUAUUCGCUGCAACACUUGUGGUAACUACAUCUAUAAAGGCACCAAGUUCAAUUCUCGCAAAGAAGACGUUAUUGGCGAGACAUAUUUGGGAAUCCAAAUAUUCAGGUUCUACUUCAAAUGCACCCGAUGCUCUGCUGAGCUUACAAUGAAGACAGACCCACAGAAUUCAGACUAUGUUGUUGAGUCCGGUGCAACACGAAAUUUUGAACCAUGGCGAGCAGAGGAUGAGGAAGCAGAGAGUCAGAAACAGAAAAGGGAUGCUGAAGAAAUGGGUGAUGUCAUGAAAUCUUUGGAGAACAGAACGUUGGAUUCAAAAAGAGAGAUGGACAUCCUUGCUGCAUUGGAUGAAAUGAAGUCCAUGAGGUCAAGACAUGCAACUGUGACUGUUGAUGAAAUGCUGGAGGCCUUGCAGAACACAGCUGAGCAAAAGGAGAAGAAGUUGGAAGAAGAGGAUGAGGCACUCAUUAAAUCAAUAGUAUUUCAUGGGUCUGAAAAUUUUGUUCGAAGGAUCCAUGAUGAAGAUUUUGAUGAUGAUGAUAAUGAUGAUGUAAAUCCAACUAGCAAUGGUGAAACAUCUAGUGAUAAUUUUAAGAGGAGGAAGGUUGCCGAAGAACUUCCUAGUAAGCCAACAGAUUCCUUGACAAAAGCCAGUACUUUUGACAGGCCAAACAAAAAAGAAAAUUCAGGCAGUUCAGGUCAAAAUGAUGCUAAAUUCAUUUUCAAGUCAUCAUCAGUGAAAGUCUCUGUUGUCAAGAGACCAGUUGUGGCUUCCAAGGGUGACAAUCUGGCAAAACUAGAAGAAAGAAAACAAGAGGAAGAGAAAGAGCCUAAAAAUGAUGGUACAAGCACUGGACUGCAAUCAUUAUGCCAAUAUUAUGAAAGUGAUGAAGACAAUUAGAUCACAUCCUCAAAUGAGGAUGGGUUGGACCUGUUAAUUCUUUGCUGUAAGUGGGGUUGUUGGGUGUGGUUGUUGUUAAUAUGAAUUAACCGAAAACUACACACUGCUGUGUCAGUUGUGAGAGAGCAUUUAUUCCCCAAGAGAAGGACCUAUUUGGAGAUUGAGCUCAAUCAUCUAGACAUACAUGCCAGUUGCUGCCAGGUGAAAUUUAAGCUCCUCUUGGUCUCACAUGUUAGACGUCACCAUCCAGAAUCUUUGUCAUUAACACACAAGAAUGCCAAGGUUCUGCACUGCCUGUACUUUUUAACAAUUUCUUGAUGAGCCUUCUUGAAAUUCUAUUUGGAUAAAGUAACUGAUAUUGGAUACUGAAUUGGCAUUGUUGGGGUAACUUGUGGUUCCUUUUUAUUUUAGCAUGUUAUUGUAGUGUCAUUAAAGAAACUCUGUGAUCACAUUAUUGCAAUUGGCUGCUGCUUGUGGCAAUAACACUGUUUCUUACGAGGUGAAUAUCCCCUCCAUUCCUAACAUUUCCAGUUAUUUGUCAGUCCAAUGCCCCAUCCUCCAUAUCAGGUGGUCUAUGAUGUCGUGAGUUUCACCUGAAGGCACAGUGAGAGAUCCAACUAGAAGUGGCUGAAAUAUACAGAAAAUGGAUUAUUUCCUUCUGCCUGAACAAAGCUAAGAGGCCUCCUUUUUGAUGAUUUGCAGGUGACUGCCAGUAAGCUGGGCUAGCUCAUCAGCUUUUCAGUGGAGGAUGAAGCUUGCAGUCUUCUGCAAUGAAUUUGCUUGAUUGGAUGGUUUUGUAUAACAACAUUAUAUAGUGCUUCUCUGUCUAACCUGAUCCUUGGGGGACACUCCCACAGGGUUGGAUUCAUAUUAGCUUCUUGGCCAAGUUAUCUUUGUAGUGAGUUCUGAACAUUCUAAUCCUGCAACGGUUCCUCUUUGCAUCUUCAAAACUAUCUUCGAGAUCAUAUGCCAUUCAUCCCAUAACACAAUCUUUCUCCCAUACUCGCCAAGUUUCUGCUUCCUCUCUGCUGCUUUUCCCCUUUCAGUCGUCUGCAUUUGCUUUAUUUCUGGUUCUAAGACCAUAGUUCUAGCAGUUGAAUAGGUUCUUUGGCUUCAUCUUUAGCCCUGUCUCUUAUCCCUAGGAGGUCCACUUUUGCUAGUAGGUUUUCCCCGAAAACUCGUUUACUCUGGUGUGGAUGGUCGAUGCAUGGCAGGCAGUUCAGUUUACUUAGCUCUUAUUGUUUCUGUU